AUAAAAUUCUCAGUUCAAAUUCUUCGUACUGUUUUCUCUCAGAGUUCAAUUUCAUACCUUAAACCAUAAAAAAAUGGCCGGCAAAGAUGGAGUUACAGCAGCCAAGCAUGGCAGAGGCAAACCAAAAGGAGGCGAGAAGUCAGUUUCUUGCUCAACCAAAGCGGGUCUCCAAUUUCCAGUGGGUCGUAUUGCUCGUUAUUUGAAGAAAGGUCGUUAUGCGCAGCGUGUUGGUUCUGGUUCCCCCGUUUAUCUUUCUGCUGUUCUUGAGUAUCUUGCUGCAGAGGUUUUGGAAUUGGCUGGAAACGCAGCAAGGGACAACAAGAAAACUAGAAUUAUUCCAAGACAUAUUCAAUUGGCUGUUAGAAAUGAUGAGGAAUUGAGUAAGCUUUUGGGAUCGGUCACCAUUGCUAAUGGCGGUGUUUUGCCCAAAAUUCUUUCUGUAUUGCUGUCCAAGACUACCAAGUCUAAAUCUGAUAAGACUGAAAUUGGAAGUGCUUCUCAGGAAUUUUAGUAUUUUUUUUUGUUAGGUAAAUGACACAUGAUGGGUUAAAAGGGGAUGUUAGGUGUAGGCUGUGUUUAAUUGGAGUUUUUCGGUGGACAUAUUUUGAUAUGGGGUUUGGGUUUUAGUUGAGUGCUCAAUGCGGUGUAAUUCUGUAAAUACAUCAGUUAUGAUCAUGAACAGUAUCUUCUAGAUAAAAAUUCCCAGGAUUUUAUAAAAGAAUCUUCAUUUCUUUAACAUGGAUUAUGCUAUUACUAAUUAACCAAAAUCCAUGCUGAUUGUUGCUACUUUUUAUAAAAGCCUUGUAGUUGAUAUGUUUGUGAUAUGUUUUAGCGUAUUAAUGUACUCCACAUUCUCACAAGGUUGCAAGGGUCUAGACGUCUAGUCAAAACCUCAAUGUGUUUUUGUGUGUUUAAGUUGUAACCAAUAGCUACACUAGAAUAUAUUUUUAUAGGCGGGACAAGUUUGAAUUCAUAUGAAUUUUUAUUAUAAUUAUUAAAAGGAAAAAUUUUAAAACUAAGGGUUUAUGGUUGACUCUGACACCCUCAACGCAGCCUACGCUUGAAACUUCAACAUAACACAUAGGUGUAAAACUCCUUUUCUUUUAUUUAAGUUUCGGGAAUAAUUUUUAAGUUAUCAAAUGUUGAAAAACUUGCUUUGGUCUGAUCCAUUUUGGCAUGAGCUCUGUCAUUGAUAUGACGUUUUCUUUAAUAUCUCAUGCUUUUGCCA